AAACAAGCCUUUUAAAAUACCUCGGCUGACUUCUGCCGGCAAACCUUCUCUUCGCCAUCUUGGAUUAUCACGCUUCCCACAUGGGAACUGGCUGACCGGCCAAUUUAAAGAAAUUUCAGGAACGAGCAGAAUAUAUAAACACAUUUUUACACUGUAGACAUCAAGAUGGACCUUGUUAGCAUUUUAGAGAAAACAAUUUCGCCUGAUCAAAAUGAGUUGGAAGCUGCCCAAAGAUUUCUGGAAGAAGCAUCUCAAAAUAAUUUGCAAGAACUAUUGAAAACUUUGUCUGACAUUCUACGAAAUGGAGCUAACAGUGCUGUGGUCCGAAUGCAGGCUGGUCUUCAGCUUAAAAACGCAUUGUAUUCCAAAGAUCAAACCAUACGACAAGAACAUCAACAAAGAUGGCUGACUUUUCCUGAGGAAAUCCGCAACUACAUCAAACAAAAUGUCCUGUUAGCAUUGGGCACAGAAACCAUCCGUCCAAGUUCUGCUGCACAGUGUGUGGCGUACAUAGCCUGUACAGAGUUGCCUCAUGGUCUGUGGCCUGACCUCAUUGCCGCACUGACCACCAAUGUGACUAAUCCUGAGAGUACAGAAAUGAUGAAAGAAUCAACACUAGAGACCAUUGGUUAUAUCUGUAUGGAUAUUGACCCAGAGAUACUACAAACACAGUCCAAUGAAAUUCUUACAGCUAUUGUACAUGGAAUGAAGAAAGAAGAAACCAGUAAUUAUGUCAGACUGGCGGCCACAAAUGCUUUACUUAAUUCCCUGGAGUUUACAAAGGCAAACUUUGACAAAGAGACAGAAAGACAUUUCAUCAUGCAGGUGGUAUGUGAAGCUACGCAGUCGACAGAGACCAGAAUAAGUGGAGUACGUGUAGCUGCUCUACAGUGUCUGGUGAAAAUAAUGUCAUUAUAUUAUACCUAUAUGGAACAUUAUAUGGGACCUGCUUUAUUUGCAAUAACAAUGGAAGCCAUGAAAUCAGAUGUAGAUGAAAUAGCAUUGCAAGGAAUUGAAUUCUGGUCAACUGUGUGUGAUGAAGAAGUUGAUCUAGCUAUAGAAUUGUCUGAAGCCGCAGAACAAGGUAGACCACCAGAACGAACAAGUAGAUUCUAUGCCAAAGGAGCUCUCCAGUACCUGUGUCCAAUUCUACUCGUCUGUUUGACGAAACAGGUAACCGGGCAUGAAGAACUAGAUGAUGAUGAUGAGUGGAAUCCCUGUAAAGCUGCCGGUGUUUGUCUCAUGUUAAUGGCCACAUGUUGUGAAGAUGAUGUUGUACCACAUGUUUUACCUUUCGUCCAAAAACACAUCCGUGAUCAAGAUUGGAGAUAUCGAGAUGCAGCUGUAAUGGCUUUUGGUUCAGUUUUAGAAGGACCAGAUCCACAGAAAUUAAAACCGAUUGUAGAACAGGCAAUGCCAAUGUUAAUAGAAUUGUUAAAAGACUCUAGUGUUGUAGUGCGUGAUACAGCAGCGUGGACUGUUGGACGUGUUUGUGAACUAUUACCUGAUUCUGUGAUUGAUGAAAAGACAUUAAAUCCAUUAUUAAUUGCCUUAGUAGAAGGAUUAACAGCCGAGCCAAGAGUUGCCAGUAAUGUAUGCUGGGCUUUCUCUAGCUUAGCUGAAGCAGCUUAUGACAACGCAGAAACUACAGACGAGAAUGCUGAACCAAACACCUACUGUUUAUCUAGUUAUUUUGAAUCUGUUGUUGAUAAGUUAUUACAGACUACAGACAGAGCGGAUGGUAACCAGCAUAAUUUAAGAAAUGCAGCCUAUGAAGCUCUGAUGGAAAUGGUGAAAAAUAGUCCUAAGGAUUGUUAUGCAAUAGUACAGAAAACUACAUUAAUUAUAUUAGAAAAGUUAGAUAGAGUUCUACAAAUGGAGAAUAUUAUGAUGGCAUCAGAUAAAGCUCAGUACAAUGAUUUACAGUCCCUCCUGUGUGCAACUUUACAGAGUGUGUUAAGAAAAGUAACUCCAGAAGAUGCACCUAAGAUAUCCGACCAAGUUAUGAGUGCUUUGUUACGAAUGUUGAGUAGUUCUGCCCAAAUAAAAACAGGCGGGGUACAAGAAGAUGUUCUUUUGGCUAUAUCUACGUUAGUUGAAGUUCUUGGUGAAAAUUUCUUGAAUUACAUGGAGGCAUUUAAACCAUACUUGGGUGUCAGUUUAAAAAACUUUGAAGAAUAUACAGUGUGUUUAGCUGCUGUUGGUUUAGUAGGAGAUUUAUGUAGAGCUUUAGGUCAGAAAGUACUACCUUACUGUGAUGAGAUUAUGAUGAUGUUGUUAGAAAAUUUAGGUAAUUCCACAGUCCAUCGAUCAGUAAAACCACAGAUUUUAUCAGUAUUUGGUGAUAUAGCAUUAGCCAUUGGUCCAUACUUCAAAAACUAUUUAGAAUAUGUUUUAAAUACACUACAGCAAGCUUCUCAAGCUCAGGUGGAUAAGACUGAUUAUGAUAUGAUAGAUUAUUUAAAUGAAUUACGUGGUGGGUGUUUAGAGGCAUACACGGGAAUAGUCCAGGGAUUAAAAGGUGAAGGAGAUCAACCAAAUGCUGAUGUAAAUUUAAUACAGCCCCAUGUAGGACAUAUAAUGUCGUUUAUGGAACACAUAGCAUUAGAUGAAGACCAUAGCGAUGAAAAUGUAGCAGCUGCAUGUGGUUUGAUAGGUGACCUCUGUACAGCUUUUGGUGCUAGUAUGUUACCAUUGGUCGAUAAAGAACCAAUCACAGGACUUAUUUCUAAAGGUAGAAGAGGAAAAGCCAGUAAAUCUAGAACAUUAGCCACGUGGGCCACAAAAGAAAUUCGCAAAUUAAAAAAUGCUUCCUGAUAAAGAGCCAGAUCUGAGAUUUUAGGAACAAAUUAGUGUGGGACUUGUGUAUAACCAUUGUCCUGCAUGCACAGAACUCGUGUUUUUUUCGAGUUAUGUGAGAGGUGUGAGAGAGAGUGUACGAUUCCGUCUCCAUAGUGACACUAUUGAAGUGCUAAUUAUUGACCUGAGAUAUAAAUAAUCAUGAUGUAAUCACAUUCUAUUUAUAGACAUUGUUCAACAAUGAGAGAGUGUGUUAUCUUGCCGUGUUGCCAUUGGAAAUGAAAUCAAAGAGAGGCAGGUCUUGAUCUUCUUUGCAGUGUUUUUUUGAAUUGAUGAAAUAGUUAAUAGAUUAUAACAACAGCAUGUGCCUGUAGAAAAAUGCCAAAUAAUUUUGUAGAGUUGAAAAUAUAUUGAAGUUGAGCUUACACGAGUAAAACACCAUAUUUAAAUAUUUUUUUAUGUAACAAACAAAAAUUAAAUGCAAGAUGAACCUGUUGGAUGAAGGUUUACACCAUUAGCUCUAUAUAUUGAUGCAAUUUCUGGAGGAAACUGGCUUGUGUUAACAAAUUAUCUUCUGAUAGUGACCAAGGUUUGCCAGAUACCAAAUGAACAAUGCAUCUUGAUUUGAAUAACUAUUUAAACCGUUAUGGCUAUGGUAGAAAUUGUCUUGUAACCUGAAUCUCUUGGCUAUCAAAUACUUGUUGAUUUAAUAAGUUACUCAGAUAUUAGCAGGUUUCAGCUCAAUUUCCAAUUUUAAAUGUUAUAUAUGGUAAAUUAUCUUCUGUGUUAACCUAGAAAAAUCUGCUGUGAAUUUGAACAAGAGUUGCCUCUCUUUUGAUUUCCCUUCAACAUGUGUCCUACUGACUCAUAUAAUUAGAGCAUUCCAUCAUUACAAGCUAGUGUGGAGGCGUGAAGAACACGAGACGUUCGAGAGAUGAAAUAUUCUGCACAAUACAUUGUAGCGCGAGGCAGAUGUUUCUCCAGGAGGAUGUACGGGAGUUGGUCUAUCGAGCAACAAUCUAAAUACACCAUGGACAGUUUCCUAUUUGUUUCCUGGACAUUUCUAAGUCUUUCUAAUCGCCCAUGGUUGUUGAAAGAUCGUUGACUCGUAGACAAUGAGAGAUCUAGAAAUCUUCAUCAGCUUUGAAGCAUGACGCAAAUAAAUAUUUCAAAGGACAACAUUUAAUAUGUGGAUCUGAAAUAUUGUAAUCAUUUACAAAAUGAUCGUAGAAGUAGCUGCUAUAAGUGUUCAUGUCUUCAGAACUGAAUAUUUGUGUAAGAAACACCUCAUUCAGAUGUUAUUUUCAUUUUUUCCAAGUAUUUCAUAAAAAUUGAAAUUUUUGCUCAUAUUUCGGCCAGUUUUUGUAAAUUUGGGAAAUUAAUCUGCAAUCUGGUAAAUAUGUGUAAUGUUUAUCUUGAGCAACAUUUUUUUUUUAUGGGAAAACCAUUUAAAAUGAAGUUAUUUAUUUAGCCUAUAAUAUAAACUUGGAAAAUAGUGUCAUCUGAAUCUGGUGUUUUGUUAUUAUUUGAGAUAGUUUUUGUUACAAAAAUUUCAGUUGUUCUGACUGCUUUUAACAAUAGUUUCUGUAGUUCCUUCUACCAUGUCUACUGAUUGUACAUUUUCUACUGUAUUGCAAGGUUUGGUAUAAAAAUGCUAAUUCUUGAUUUUUAGUUCAUUUCAAAAAGUUAAUUUUAGAUGAAUAGACUUUUCUGAAGGAAUAUUUAUUCCUUUUUAUUUAAAAAAAAAAAAACAUCGUGAAGGGAAGACUUCACUAUCCUUCAGAAAAAAAACUGUUUUGGAAAUGGAAGUGCCAAUAUUUUACAAAACAAAAAUUUCGAAAUAUUGUUUACGCAAACUUGUGAUAAUAUAAAGUGCUAGAUAUUUUUUUACUUUUAAUGUGCUAUAAUCAAAUUUAAGUGUAUAAGUGCUAUACAGAAGUGCUAUAACUGUUACUGAAAUAUACAUGAUAUGAGGUUUCAUUUCAGGAAUACAAGUCAAUAAGAGACAUUUUAAGUCGUCAGUUAAAAGUACUGUUUCUGAAAAAUGUAUUUAGUUAUGAAUUUGGCCCAAUUGAUUAUGUAUGGCUUUCUUUCUACAUAGACAAUAAUUUGUACUUUUGGGCCUAAGAUGCAUAACAAAUCAGAAAUUCACCAAAUAGUGAGAUAUAUACUAUGUCUUUCAUUUGUAAAAAUUCCUAGAUAUUCUUUGUUUUUAAAGGCAUGUUUUGUGUAUUCUUGAAAAUGCAUUGUUACUUUUCCUUUUGGAAGCCACAUGUUAUUUAAAAAUGUGAAUAUGUGAACUUACUUAAAUAUUUGAGAAAGUAUAAAUAAAUUAAAUUUCUAAAUGCAUGAAUUAUGAUAA